ACCGGCUGUUUUCUAUUUUGUCGUUCCCGGCAAAUUUGGCUGAAUUUUGGCGGCGACGAUUCGAACUUUGCCAAACGAUGCAAGCAACGGCGAAUCUUCCGGCGAUAUGGAACCUAUCGCUGUGCGGGUCAUCCUCUAAAGUCCAUACAGUGAACCCUAAGCAUCGAAAGUCUCACGCGCUUCACUGUUUGAGAUCAGAAGGGCAUGAAGAGUUUGAUAAGUCUCAGUCUCAGUUCACAGGAAAUCUUGGACUAUCUUCUAUUACAAAAGAAGCAAAACAUAAGGACAUAUGGAACCUCUUUAGAGAAGCUCAAAAAAAUAUCCUUAUUUUAAACAAGCAACGCCUAGCUGCAGUUGAGGAGUUAGAGAAGCUAAAGAAUGAGAAAGAUGAAUUACUAGAGAGGAUUAACCAAUUGGAGGCAGAAAGUCAGAUUGUAAUUAAGAAAGAUAAGUCGUCACUAUUCUGGCAGUUGCUUCUCCGUAUUGAUUCUAUGGUGAUCAAUGGAUUAAUCAACAGUGAAGAAGCUUCAUCCAUGAGACAACUGUAUAAGGAGCAUGAAGCAAACAUCUCUGAGUUUCCUCUCGAUGUCCUGCAACAAGGAGAUGCUGAAAUUCUAGCAGAACUCAGACGGUUCACAAAUAAAGGCAAAAGGAAUGGUCUCCAUGUGAUUCAUAUUUGCACCGAAAUGGCUCCAUUAGUUUCUGUUGGGCCUUUGGCUUCAUAUAUAACAGGAUUGUCUUCUGCACUCCAAGGAGAGGGCUACAUGGUUGAAGUUAUAUUGCCAAAAUAUUCGACACUUGAUUUGGAUGAAAUUGAAGGGCUUCGGGAAAUCGAAGCUGAUGCAUAUUCUUAUUUCAAUGGUCAGCUGCAUGCAAACCGAAUAUGGAAUGGAGUUGUCUCUGGAAUAGGAGUGACACUUAUUCAACCAGUGUAUUACUCGUCAAUGUUUAGCCGUGAUAAAGUAUACGGCUAUCAGGACGAUUUUGAUAGAUUUGCCUACUUCUCUCGUGCUUCAUUGGAUUACAUUGCAAAAUCUGGAAAGCAGCCUGAUGUUUUACACAUUCACAACUGGCAAACUGCAAUAGUUGGACCAUUGUUUUGGGAUGUUUUUGUUAAUCAGGGUCUUGUACCUCCUGAAAAAUUGGAGCUAUGUGGGCUCGAUCCAGCUGAGCUUCACCGUCUUGAUCGCUUACAAGAUAACAUUAAUCCACAUUUUGUUAACAUUUUGAAGGGUGGUGUGGUCUACUCCAACAAAGUCGUAAUAAUGUCAUCCUCACAUAGCUCAAUCCCUGGUCUCGAACCAACUUUAGCUAUCCACAAGGACAAGUUGUUUUUUGCUCCCUUUGGAGUGGACAACUCAAUGGAGAAAGACUUUUGUUCGAAAGAGAUAAUGACGAAAGUUGGCCAGAGAGAUUCUCCGGCUAAAGAAGAACCUUCGACGACGACGCCGCCGGCGACUAAAAAACGAUUUUUGACUCCGGGAAGAUUCGUUACAAUCCUGUGUAUCAUUAACUUGAUAAAUUACGUUGAUCGAGGAGUGAUCGCGAGUAAUGGUGUUAAUGGAAGCUCAAAAACAUGCGAUGCCAAAGGGGUUUGCUCUGCAGGAACUGGAAUUCAGGGAGAGUUUAACUUAACUAACUUUGAAGAUGGUCUUUUGUCGUCUGCGUUUAUGGUUGGACUUCUUGUGGCUUCUCCAAUAUUCGCUGGAUUGUCCAAAAGAAUCAAUCCUUUUAAGCUAAUAGGUGUUGGAUUAACCGUUUGGACUAUCGCUGCUCUUGGUUGCGGGUUUUCCUACAACUUCUGGAUGAUUGCUGUUUUUCGAAUGUUUGUUGGGGUUGGUGAGGCUUCCUUUAUUAGUCUUGCAGCACCAUAUAUCGAUGAUAGUGCUCCUGUUGCAAGGAAAAAUUUCUGGCUUGGACUGUUCUACAUGUGUAUACCAGCAGGAGUUGCUCUAGGCUAUGUGUUUGGUGGAUUCAUUGGAAACCAUUUAGGAUGGCGUUGGGCGUUUUACAUAGAGGCAAUCGCAAUGGCUGUCUUCGUCGUUUUGUCCUUCUGUAUCAAACCACCGCAGCAGCUUAAAGGUUUUGCUGAUAAAGAUUCGAAGAAACCCUCUACAUCUAGUGAAACGGUCGCUCCUACAGAUGCAGAAGCUUCACAAAUUAAAACCAAAGCCCCCAAAUCCAAGAACCUGGUUGUCCUAUUCGGAAAAGACUUAAAGGCUCUUUUCAGCGAGAAAGUAUUUAUCGUAAAUGUUCUUGGUUACAUCACCUACAACUUUGUGAUUGGAGCUUACUCAUAUUGGGGACCAAAAGCCGGUUUUGGUAUCUACAAAAUGAAAAAUGCAGACAUGAUUUUUGGAGGACUUACAAUCAUCUGCGGAAUAAUCGGAACAUUAGGUGGAAGCUAUGUGCUUGAUCGCAUAAACGCCACUCUUUCAAACACCUUCAAGUUACUAGCUGCAUCAACUUUACUCGGCGCAGCCUUUUGUUUCACUGCUUUCUUGAUGAAGAAUAUGUAUGCCUUCAUCGGUUUAUUCGCAGUGGGAGAAAUUCUAAUCUUUGCACCACAGGCUCCAGUUAACUUUGUGUGUCUCCAUUGCGUUAGACCAAACUUGAGACCAUUAUCAAUGGCUUCUUCAACUGUUUUGAUCCAUAUCUUAGGCGAUGUUCCUUCUUCUCCACUUUACGGGAAAAUGCAGGAUCAUCUCAAAAAUUGGAGAACAUCAACUCUUAUCAUUACUUCAAUCCUCUUCGUCGCAGCUAUUAUAUGGGGAAUUGGUAUAUUUAUGAAUAGUGUGGAUCGGUCUAAUGAAGUAAGUGAAGAUGAUGAGGUCGAAGAAGAGAAAUUGGAAAGCAAAGCAGAGAACUCUACUCUCGUCUAAUUUUUGAAGACAAUCAUUUUUUCUUCUACACGACCAAAUAAUUCUUAGUCCUUCCAUUGUUUAAUUGAACAACAACAAUUCAUUUGAUUCAUUUUCUUUUCCUUAGAUUAUCUCAGUUCCUUUUGUGUACAUAAACCUAAUUUUUUGGA